AUGGAGCAGGAGGCGAGGGUGUCCUCCCAGAACAACAGCAAAGACCUGGAGGUCAGGAGCGGGGACCUGUUUGGGCCACAAGCACGGCAUGUGCACCUGACACACAGGUCCCGUGUCCAGCUCCCCAGGUGUGUAACACUCAUGGGAACAUUGGUUGUGAAGGCUGAAGAGGAGCUGGUCCGGGGAGAAGGGGUGGAAGGUCAUGCUGCCCUGGGUGGAAAACAAAGCUUAAAUGAGCGGAGGCAGAGGAGGACAGAUGUGGAAGGCUGCGGCACGAACUCGGGGACGAGCGGGUCCGCGGCCGCCCCGCCCGCCCGCAGGGAGCCCGCGCCCAGGACGGCAGGACGGACACGGCCGCGCCCCGCGGGGAGGCGCCGCGCCGCUCGGGGCACCGGUGUCGCCGCCGCGCACGGCCACUCGUGCAGGAGCGACAGCGCCGCCGAGGGCGCAGCGCCCGCCCCGACCCGGGAAACGGCCCCGGCCCCCUCGGCCCGCGAUCCCUUCCUCGCCCCGGGAGAGCGCGAACUCAGGUCCCGCGGCGGCCGGCCGGGCCCCGCCGUGUCCCCGCGGCCCGGGACACAAAGGGGACUCGCAGCCACGGUCGCGCGGGCGCUGAGCAUCACCAGCACUAGCAAGGCAGUAGCUUGCGCAGUUAUCUCCACAGCGGGCAGUGUCACAACCCGACCAACAGCACAAACUACUACCUCAGCCAGGGCCAUGGUGUCGGGCGGCCGCGCCGCGCUGCUCCGUCCUCCUGCUCCGCCGCCGCCUCCUCCCCGCCGCCCGCCCGCCGGCUCGGGACCCGGGCGCGCCCCACGCCGGCCCGACGCUCUGGAAGGGGAGGCGGGCGGGGCUCGCCGCGGCCAGCCGCGCCCUCCACGCCCGGGGCCCUCCGGGCAGGAGACGGGCGGCGAGAGCGCGCGGACGCCGCGGGAGGCACAAAGCGCCCCGCCCGCCGCCGCCGCCGCUUCGGGCCGGCCCGCCGCCUCCCGCCACGUCCCGGCUGCGCCGCCGCGCCCCUCCCGCCCGUCUGCGCGCUGGGGGCCGGGCCUCCGCCCCGCGCCCGCCGGCCCUCCGCGCGCGAACGCCCGCCCGGGGCGCUGCCCCAGAGGCGUCCGCCGGACAGCGCGGAAGUCCCGGGCCCCGCGGCCGCCGCAGCCUGCGGGGCAGCGGCGGCCACCUCUGCAGGAGGCGGGCCUCAAACAAAGCAAGCCCCGGAGCCGGUCCGCGCGGCGGCGCGGCGGGGACACACGGCCCGGCCCGCGCGCCCGGCCGCUGUGCGUGAGGACGAACCAUAGAGAUCCCUUAAGGCGGCGCGCGGCCCACCACGUGACCGCCGCCGGCCGCCCCCCGCGCCGCCAUCUUACAUCCGGGAGCGCCGCGGCGGCCCCUUCCCCACCUCGGAAGCUUCGACUGGCACGAGAACUCAGCUCCGAGAGGGGGUACCCCGGUUCCACGUCACCAAAGCGCUCGAGCUGCGGGCCGUGCCCCCCACCCCGCUUCACCGGGCACUGUGGAGGCCCUCACUUCCCCGGUCUCUGCCCGCAAAAAAGAUGGCGGUACUCACCGCCGUCGAAGGGGACACGUUGUGCCCGGCCAGGGCAUUCUUAUUAGUCAUCACGCUCCUGAAAAUCCAGACUGCACAUAACAAAAGUAAGGAAUGGAGGAAUUGAAGAGUGUUCGGACUUGGGACUGACCUUGUGCCGGGACUUUGAUCGUUGCUUAGAGGCCAGAGGACUAAUGUUCAGACUCCAAAACCUGGCAACGACGCAGAAAGGACAUCCAUGUAUAAUUCCUUUUCGGAAAAGUAAGAUUUUUCUCGUUUUUAAACCAGCACAAUAGAAUUUUGGAUAACAGAUUCGCUCAGCCAAGAGUCUCACUGCAAAUUAAAGAUUAGGUUCCUUUCUAAUAUUCUAUUAAUAUCUAAUAUCUAAUCUAAAGAAUAGAUUCCUUUCUAUUUUAUAUGAUAUUGCUGAUGGGACACUAAUUGAAGAACAAGUUUUCAAAUUAAAAAGCAUCCUGCCUGACAUGUUUCAAAAUAAAUAACAUUUGUAUGUAAUUUGCAAAUUCAGAAAAUAAAAUACACUCCGAUGUGUGCUCUGACUGACA